AGGCCCCCACAUUUCAACACGGCAGCGCGUGACGUACCAAUGAGAUCACUCGGGCUGAUGACGAGUUCGUUACAACGCGCAGCCAAGAUGGAGGACGGAAUCUAGAUGCGGGGGACCCCUCCCCACCCGAUUUUUUCCCGGACAAAAACAGGGCGUGUUCCAUGGCGGACUAUAGCAUGUAUAUACAUUUCUACAAGCAGGAACAGUGUGUCACGGUCGCGAAAAGUGGGCAACGCUUUGCCGACGGAGUCAUGCAAAAUGGGGACUAUUGCGUUGGAUUUGAGGGAAUCGCGCCGCCAUCAUCAGACCAGCUGUAUCCUGAAGUACCGGAACCCUCACCGGCCGGAACUCCGGGGGAGGUCCCGCAACCUGCCACGCCUAACGAUGUACAGGUGGACAUUCCCGCGUAUAACCCAAACGAUGACCCCGGAGCGAGCCCGGUACCGAUGCGUAAAAAGAGUGUUCGGUUUUCGGAAUCUGAGGAUGCAGAGAUGAGGGACAACGAUUCUCCCAACUUAAAUAUCCCGGACGAUAGCGCCGAACGGCUUUCGGACACUAGCACUGCUGGAGAUGACCAAUCAGAACGAAAGUUGCUGGCUGGUCAAAAGGUCAGUGAGGACACAGAGGGACAAAACGGGCGCGGGAGAAAGCCGUCGUCAGAUAUGGUUGCUCCCGGUGGCGUUGGGUCAGAUCCUGCCGGAAAUGGCUUGUAUAAGCAAAACAAGGACACCCUGUUCUUCCGAGACAACAAGAGGAGGAUCGACUACGUUCUGGCGUACGAGAAAAACGAUGACUCGAAGAGCGAAGAGAAGAAGCAGCAGAAGCGCGAGUGUUACGAGGAGAACCUGAGAUACGAGGGGCUGGAACUGGAGUAUGAGGACAGGGAGCUGUCACAAGAUGGGAAGACCUUCUAUGUGAAGAUCCAUGCACCGUUUGAUGUACUGUGCAAGUAUGCUGAGCUUCUCUGCAUCAAAAUGCCCAUUGCUUAUAACGACCUGGAAGAAGAAGACGAUGGGAGGCAGUGCCCAAACCCCAUGAGACUGGAGAUAGAAGAAGACGAUGACAGAGAUGUCUUCACUGCACCCUUCAUGCGCAACCGGAUGAAAAAGUUCAUGAUCCCUCAGAAGAAAGAAGAGUUUUUCCACCAUGCAGUCCGCAGCAGAAUUGUGUACACCAUCUUGGAACGCUGUCGCUACGAGGACGACAAAAGGAAGAUUGGCAUCAAGAAGAUGCUGAACAACGGGUCCUACUCCGCAGCCUACCCUCUUCAUGAUGGACCGUACAAGAGCGAGCACUCCAAGCUGACCCACGGGUACAAGAACGACCGGCACCUCCUGUUCGAGGAGUGGGCGCGACUCGGCAAGUGGUACAAGUACCAACCAUUGGACAAGAUCAGAGAUUAUUUCGGAAGCCAGAUAGGUAUCUACUUUGUGUGGUUGGGCCACUAUACCACCAUGCUCUGGCUGCCGUCCUUAUUGGGAAUAGCAGUUAUCUUUUACGGACUCGGAACGGUUGUGACCGAAAAAGUCAGCCAAGAGAUCUGUGGCUCCAACAUCACCAUGUGUCCGCUGUGCGACCAGAGGUGCAAGUACUGGCCUCUAGACAACCAGUGUAGAUACUCACAGGCUUCACACGUGAUAGACAAUCCAGCAACCGUGUUCUUUGCAAUCUUCAUGGCUCUGUGGGCCACCAUGUUCCUGGAGUUUUGGAAGAGGAAACAAGCUGUCAUCUCGUAUGACUGGGACCUGGUGGGCUUCGAGGACGAAGAGGAGAGACCUCGGCCAGAGUUUGAGUCCAAAGUUUCCACUCACCGGAUCAACCCUGUCAACAAGCUUGAAGAGGCUUUCCUGCCAUUCUACAAUAAAGUACCAAGACUCAUUUGGGCUGGGCUGGUGGUUCUCUUCAUGGUCACGCUGGUUCUGGCGGCUGUGUUCGCCGUGAUCGUGUACCGUAUCGUCAUCGUGGUGGUGUUCUACAGAUCGGACCUGGGGCUCAUCUCGGAGCGCGCCAAACUCGCCACCUCGGCCACCGCUGCCCUUCUGAACUUGGUCGCCAUCAUGAUUCUCAACAAGAUGUACGAACGUGUCUGUUACUGGCUGACGGACAUGGAGCUCCCGCGUACGCAGACGGAAUACGAGGACAGCUUCACCUUCAAGAUGUUCCUCUUCCAGUCCGUCAACUACUACGCUUCUAUCUUCUACAUAGCUUUCUUCAAGGGAAGUUUUGUAGGAAGACCAGGAGACUACAACUACUUCCUGAACGAGUACAGACCCGACGAAUGUGAUGUUGGAGGCUGCCUGAUCGACUUGUGUCUCCAGCUGGCCAUUAUCAUGGUGGGCAAGCAGGCCUACAACAACUUCAUGGAGCUCAUCUUCCCGAAGCUGAAGAACUGGUGGUCUCGGCGCGGGAACGUAGACCAGGAUGCGGUACCCUCGCAGGCGUACACGCGCUGGGAACAGGACUGCGAUCUCGUCCCCGUCCCCAUCAUGGCGCUAUUCCCGGAGUACUUGGAAAUGGUUAUCCAGUUUGGCUUUGUCACGCUGUUUGUGGCAGCAUUCCCUCUGGCACCGCUCUUCGCUCUGAUCAACAACAUCCUGGAGAUUCGCCUGGACGCGUACAAGUUCGUCACGCAGUAUCGCCGACCAAUGGCUGCCCGCGCUCAGGACAUCGGCGUCUGGUACAAUAUCCUCGACGUCCUGGCAAAAAUCGCUGUCGUCUCCAAUGCUUUUGUGAUUGGCUACACAUCCAACUUCAUCCCUCGGCUGGUGUACCUGUACGGUUACAGCCCGGAGCCGGGCGUGUCCAUGCGUGGUUACGUGGAGGAUUCGCUGGCGUACUUCAACGUUAGCGACUUCCAGACACUCAGCAUACCGGACGACAAGAUCGGUCCUGACGGGAACAACGUUACCAUCUGCAGGUACCAAGCCUACCGUCACCCCCCAGGCCACCCGAACGAGUACGAGUACACCCUGCACUUCUGGCACACCUUUGCUGCCAGAUUUGUCUUCAUCGUGCUGUUUGAGCACAUUGUGUUCCUGAUUAAGAACAUCCUGGCCUACCUGAUCCCUGACGUCCCCCACGACCUCCACGACCUCAUCAAGCGCGAGCAGUACCUCACCACGGAGAUGUUCUUCAGUAAUGAGAAGGACCUCCAGCAAAGCAUGGACCAGCUACAUCACGACACGGACGGUACGCGCCAUCGACAUGCCCACCACCACGAAUAACCCAAAAUUCAACCCCAAACACCCCUGUUCAUGAAGUGAACCAACCCUCAACCACAGGCAGUCUGGUUGAUGUAGCAGCCUGAUCUAUUUGUAAAUAGGGGUGGUCAGGGUUGAUGAGGAACGUUCUUUAAUAAUUACUACCUUGAACACCCCUACUUUUAGAGUCAAACUGUCCUCUGCUGCGUCAUUGCCUUUUGAAGUGGACAUUAACAUUUUACAUUGGGGGUGGACAAUGUUGUCAUUCAAAAAAAGGCUAGAAAAUCUGCUGAUCUUAGAAUCAAAUUUUAUCAAAGAGAAAAGACUACAUGAAAUUGAUAUAAGACGGACUGCAUAAUUUGUAACAUAAAGAUUGAAGAUAUUAUAAUUGAAAAGUGGAAGUUGAAGUAUGACAGUUGUGGAAAAAUGAACUCUAACUACAGUGAUAUUUAAUUGUGACCAUUUUGUAGGAAUGUUAACAAUUAUACUUUGAGUUACAUGUAAGUUGUUUAACACAUAGUAAGUGACUUUUUUAUCCAAAACAGCCAAAUUCUAUAUGACACUUCAGAUUGCUCCAAUAAUCAGAAUAGUCAGUCCCCACUAAACUGUUAGAAGAUUAUGUGUUUCGGGAAUCAAAUUAUAUCUAUAUCAGAAGCAGUUUAAUGGGGGUCAAUCUUUCAAAUGCUGUUUCAAAAUCUACUAUGCUGUUAUGAGGACCAUGUGAUAUAGAGCCAAUCAGAACUCUUGCAAAUAUUUUAGUCGAAUAAUGUGCUUUUCUACUAUCAGACUCCAGACUAUGGUAAAAGGAGAGAUGUUCACAGUGGUUUUGUGUCGCAAUUGUCGUAGUCUUCACCUAAAACCAAAAGGAAAAAAUAUUGUAGUGUCUUUUCUGUUACCCUAAUGUCUCUAUCGUGAACUUAGAAACACAGGGAAAAUUAAAUUCAUGUGACUGUGCAUUUCCCAUUUUCUGGGAAAUAAUAAAAGGAGGGAGUGAAUAGAUAAAGGGCUACUAAUGUAGCAGGGACGGAAAAAAUCCAAACUGUUGAGGUGUUGUGACAAAAAAAUAUUCAGUCAUGUUCCUCAGCAAAGAACAUCUGGUAAAAAUGUAAUAUAAUUGUAUCUAAGGCUUUCAUUACAAUUGCUUAAAACAAAGAGUAAUUGUUAAAAGUGGAAAAAAGUGCAUUAUACCAGGGCGUAGAGCUUCAAGGAUUUACAGUGACACUUGUCUGCCGUUAUUUUAUCUUAAGGUUAUAAAGAGAGUUUUGGAGACUGAGGAAUACUUUUAAGUUUUAGUUUGGUAAAAUAAUAGUACACAAUAUUUUAAGUGUAAUGGCUUGACAAUCUAUAUGUAUUAUAUUGACUGUACUGCAAUCUGAGAAGUAGAAAUUGUGAGCUCAUAUUCAAAUAAUUUUAAACUAAUGCUUUAAUUCUAUGAACUGGAAUAAACUUUGAGAUAGCUGCAUAUUUGAUUCAAAAUAAAUGUUAUACCAAACUCUA